UGAUCUUUGUGGCUCGUGACGAUUGUGUGCAGUGUUCACGUACAACAAGCAGUUCCACAACGUGAUGGCGGUGAGCAAGGCGGACUACAAGAACUGCGACGCCAACAAGCCGAUGGCCACCUGGAAUUCGGGCAACGACUCCGUGGUCCUCAACACCACCGGCCACCACUACUUCCUCUGCGGCAUCCCGGGCCACUGCGCCGGCGGCCAAAAGGUGGACAUCCGCGUCGCUGCCUCCUCCUCUGCUGCCCCUUCCAUGGCGCCUACCCCCGAGCCCUCCUCCGGCGGUGGCUCCGGCGGCGCCACGGCCGCGCCGUCGCCGCACCCCAACGCCGCGCCCAAGGCCCUCCUCGCCGGACGCUCCGUGGCCGCCACCGUCGCCGCGUCCCUGCUCUCCCUGGCCGCGGCGGUGCUGGCGUGACCAGAGGCUUCCGUAGUGUCGGUUAGGAGAUUGGCGCCUUUGUGAAUUGAUGAAUUGUGAGCUAUGCUGUGUCAGUUGCUGUUUCAGUAGGAACGCCUGGACCUGCGUUCGUUUUACUGUUUUGCCCUUCUGGUUCUGUGGAUCCUGGUCUGCCAGCCUUGGGGAUUUCUACCGGUUGUCAAUUAAUUUCCUCAUGUUUUGAGCUCUUCAUUCAUCUCAGUGCAGUGGUAUCGGUUGAGCUUGAGCGUUAUUUUAA